UCAAACCCAUGGCAUCUGCAAUGGAGCAGCCGGGGGAGAAGCCUGUGGCCGGGGCUGAGGAAUGCGGAGAGGUGCGGGGUGAGUCGCAGGCUGCGGAGGAAAGCAUCGAGGAUCGCAUCCGCCUGCUGCUCAGGCUGAGGGCACAGACAAAACAGCAACUCUUAGAAUACAAGUCCAUGAUUGAUGCAAGUGAAGAAAAAACUCCAGAACAGAUCAUGCAAGAAAAACAAAUUGAAGUUAAAAUUGAAGACCUGGAAAAUGAAAUUGAAGAUGUAAAGAGCAAUUUUGAAAUGAAAACUCUUGCACUAAACAGGAUGAGACUUUCAGCUGCACUUACAAAGAACAUGGAAAAGAUGGGUGCUGAGAGCAGUGUGCUCACUGAUGACAUGAAGCACAUACUAAAGCUACAGAAUUUGAUAAUGAAGUCACAGGAGGAGUCUUCGGAAUUAGAGCAAAAGCUGCUUGACGUUAGAAAGAAGAGACUUCAAUUAAAGCAAACUUCAAGAAGUAAGCUUUUGGAAAUACAAACCGAGAAGAGCAAGCAGAAAAAGGAUUUGGACAAUAUGGAAAAUUCAGAAGUGAUAAAGACCAUGCAAAAAAAACUACAGAUGGAGAUAAAGAUUACUACAGUUAUUCAGCAUGUGUUCCAGGGCCUUAUUUUGGGGAGUAAAACCAACUGGGCAGAGGACUCUGCCCUGAGGGAAAUUGUGCUGCAGCUGGAAAAGGAUCUCACCACAAUCUAGUAAGAGUCCUGCCCUGGCGUUGGACGCGUUAGUGCCCACUCUGCCAUUUAAAUAGCAGAGUUCGUCGGAAUGCCUGACAUGCUUCGGAACCAUUCUGAUGCUGCAGCUCUAGGGCUCGGGUUGGUGAUGUGACAUGAAAU